UAGAAGGGAAGGGUACUUGAAGCGGGUUUGCACCCAAGCAGCAUCUGGAGGUGUCGCAGUUCUACCUUCAGCUUCACGAUGUUUCCUUUGGCCAAAAAUGCGCUAAGCCGUCUCCAAGUUCGAAACAUUCAGCAAACAAUGGCAAGGCAGAGCCACCAGAAACGAACACCAGAUUUUCAUGACAAAUAUGGUAACGCUGUAUUAGCUACUGGAGCCACUUUCUGUGUUUCUGUAUGGACAUAUGUGGUAACACAAAUUGGAAUACAAUGGAACCUGUCCCCUGUUGGCAGAGUCACCCCAAAGGAGUGGAGAGAGAAGUAAUCAUCCCAGCUGAUGUAAUACUGAAUUUUUCCAAAACCAACUCAUAAUUGAUGCCAAGUAAAAUCACUGUGUACCCAUUAAAAUAUGGCAUUAUUGAAGAAAUAAAGUACAUUUGAAACCUUAAAAAAAAAAAAAAA